UUAUCCUGUGGAGUGUCUAGACUCUUUCCCUGCUCAGUUGGGGAAACCUGAUACUCAAUUAAAGUUUAACCUGAAGGACUCUGAUGACUCCCCAGAACACCAGCAAAUGUUGGAAAAGAAAUUGGCUAAAUACAGUGAUGUAUUUUCAGUUGACGACAUGGAUGUGGGGUGUGCCAAACAUGCUGAGCACAAUAUUCGGUUGAAAGAUCACACUCCAUUUAGGGAGCGGUCUCGGCGCAUACCCCCAAGAGACCUUGAUGAUGUGCGGGACUACUUAAAGAAAAUGAAGGAACAAAACAUUAUCGUGGAGUCAAGAAGUCCCUAUGCCUCCCCCAUAGUCAUUGUCCGGAAGAAAAACGGCAGUGUUAGGCUAUGUGUGGAUUACAGAACCCUGAACAGACGCACCAUCCCUGACCAGUACACCUUGCCCCGUAUCGAUGAGGCUCUUGAUGCCCUUCAUGGUAGUGCUUGGUUUUCGGUAAUGGACCUGCGGUCUGGGUACUAUCAAAUACCUAUGAGUGUGGAGGAUCAAGAAAAGACUGCUUUUAUCUGCCCUUUGGGAUUCUAUCAGUUCACCCGCAUGCCCCAGGGCAUAAGUGGGGCACCGGCAACAUUUCAGCGCCUUAUGGAAAAAGUGCUGGGUGAUUUAACGCCAAGGCAAUGUAUAGUGUAUCUAGACGAUAUUAUCGUUUUUGGCUCUACUGUGGAAGAACAUGAUAGUCGCUUGUUCAAUGUACUUGAGCGCCUUAGAGAGGAAGGGCUCAAACUUUCCCUUGACAAGUGCAAAUUCACACGAAAAUCUGUGCGCUUUGUAGGGCAUGUUGUGUCCGCAGAAGGGAUUGCUACGGACCCAGAGAAAGUGGCUGCUGUACUGACUUGGCCUAACCCCACUAAUUUAACAGAACUGAGAUCAUUCUUAGGGUUUUGUGGCUAUUAUCGGAGGUUUGUAGAGGGCUACUCCAAGAUCGCAUAUCCCUUGAAUGAGCUGUUAAAGGGGAGUGACUCUAAAGACUGUCAUGCUACGACUAUUCCUUUCCAUGACAAGUGGACCCCAGCAUGUGAAGACGCCUUUCAAACACUAAAGAAAAAGCUCACUGAGGCGCCAGUGCUUGCUUAUGCUGAUCCGAAGCGGCCGUAUGUCCUACAUGUAGACGCCAGCUAUGAAGGGCUAGGAGGUAUUCUCCAUCAGGAGUAUCCUGCCGGGUUGAAGCCGGUUGCUUAUGUUAGUAGGAGUCUUAGUUCCAGUGAAAGGAACUAUCCUGUACACAAGCUGGAAUUUUUGGCCUUAAAGUGGGCUAUUACUGAGAGGCUACAUGACUACCUCUAUGGGGUUCAGUUCGAGGUACGGACUGAUAAUAAUCCAUUGACUUAUAUUUUGACUACUGCCAAAUUGGAUGCGACUGGUCAUCGCUGGUUGGCUGCACUGUCUAAUUACCAGUUUUCUUUAAAAUACAAACCUGGCCCGAGGAAUGUAGGGGCCGAUGCCCUUUCUAGGCGCCCAGGUCUCCCUCCUCAGCUGGAGGAGGAAGAGUGGGAAGAGUUUCCUGGCCCUGCUGUAUCCGCUCACUGUGCUACAGCUGCUGUACAAGGGGAAUGUAUAGCCUUCUCUGAGCUGCGAGCAGUAGAUUCACUAGGCGGUGGAGCAGACUCUGUUCCUGCUAUGUACUGUUACCCUACUGUUUUGGGAGUGCCGGAGAACUCUCAAGUGAGGGCCCGAGACAUGAUCCGGCUACAGAAAAGAGAUCCGGUGAUUCGUCAUGUGCGGGAGGCUGUUUCCCGAGGGAAUUCUAAAUAUAUGAGGGGUGCCAUACCAAAAGACAGUACCUUCUUCCUAAAAGAGUGGAACAAAUUGGAGAUUUUAAAUGGGAUCCUUUAUAGAGUUCAUCUCUUUCAUGAUCACCCAGGAAGAAGGCAAUUGGUACUUCCCCAGGCCUAUCGGAGGGCCGUUUUGCGGAGUUUGCAUGACCAACAUGGACACUUGGGGGUGGAGAAAACCUAUGGACUUGUGCAGGACCGGUUCUUUUGGCCUAGGAUGCGGGAGGAAGUUGCUGACUACUGCAGGAGGUGUGUGCCUUGCUUGCAGAGAAAGACUUUGCCUACCCGGGCCGCCCCCAUGGAACACUUGAAGAGUACUGGGCCUUUGGAUCUGGUAUGUAUGGAUUUUUUGUGCAUUGACAGUGACUCCAGUGGUGUAGGGAAUGUCCUGGUAGUAACUGACCAUUAUACCCGUUAUGCACAAGCCUAUCCCACUAAAGACCAGAAGGCUGUGACAGUAGCUAAGGUACUUUGGGAGAAAUUCCUUGUCCAUUAUGGGCUCCCCAAUCGGAUCCAUUCCGAUCAGGGGCGUGACUUUGAGAGCAGAUUAAUAAAGGAGUUGUUAAGUCUGCUGAAUAUUGAUAAGAGUCGUACCACGCCUUAUCACCCAGAGGGGGAUGCUCUACCUGAACGUUUUAAUCGAACUCUGCUGGAUAUGUUGGGUACACUGUCUGUUACUGCCAAGCAGUCUUGGAGUCGACAUGUAGGGGCAAUGGUACAUGCAUAUAAUUGUACCCGUCAUGAUUCUACUGGGUUUUCCCCAUAUUUCCUUAUGUUCGGAAGGGAGGCCCGACUGCCAAUUGACUUACAGCUGGGUGUAUCCACUGAUGGAGUAGGACAACAAGAGCAUUAUCAGUAUGUGGCCCGUCUUAGAGAAAGUUUGAAAGAGGCCUAUCGUCUGGCUGAGGGGAACACAGCCAAAAUAAAUGCUGGGAACAAGAGACGCUUUGAUUCUAGAGUACGGUACAGAGAAUUGCUACCGGGUGAUAAAGUGCUCCUUCGCAACUUGGGUCAAACUGCCAAACACAAGCUAGCAGACCGUUGGAGGAAGGACUUGUACGAAGUGGUAGGUAAAUUACCAAAUAUUCCGGUGUAUCAAGUUCGUGGUCCGGACGGCAAGGUUAAGUCAUGGCAUCGCAACCAUUUGCUUCCGGUACCUCAAGUUCCCUCCGUGGAUGAAGAGGGUGAUGCUGCAUCUAGUGGAGAAGAGGUACCUACUAAUGGUAGAGGAGAACAAGUGACUGAUGAGGAUUGGUUCACGGUUCCGGCUGAUGAUUCUGGACAGUUGCCGGUCCAGGCAUCUGGUGGAGGUUUACCACAGAGGGGUGGUUUAAAUGUUAAUUCCCCUUCAUAUCAGCCCAGUGAUAUUGGAGACAUAGCUUCUGCUUCUGAGGUGGCUAAUAGCUCAAGCACACCCGUUGAUUCUGGCCCGGGGCUGUGUCAGCCAGUGGCAGAAGAAGUGAGAAGGGGUGAUCGUAUCAGGCGACCUCCACCAGUGUUUACUUAUGACACUUUGGGAAGACCAUGUUAUGCUGUGCCCUGUCAUCCCAAUCCACCGUAUGCUUUGGCGAGUUUAAUUGAUGCCCAUGCCAGGCUUGUUAACAUGAUGCCUCUGUAUUAUUGA